ACCUCAUAGCUUGGGCAGGUACACAAACAAAGCAAAUACUCUCUCUCUUUCUCACUUACACUCACACAAUCUCUCUCUUCUAUGUGUCUUUCUCUUUCCAGCUUGGUAAUAUUAGUACAAGUAGAGUAGUAGUAGCUCCUGGUGGUGUUGUUGUUGUGUUGUGAUCUAUUAAAAGGUUAGAUAUUUAUGCCACAUUUUGAUGUUUAUGCUUAGUACCCAAUUGGUGAAAAAAAAUGGUUUAUAGCUAGCUAGGCAUUUGAUGCUCCCGUCAGAGAAACCCCCCUGCAAAGGGAAACUCUGCUAAAAUAAAUUCUGUCUCUUUCAGUCAUCGCAGGAUUUUUGAGUUAGAAUUUGAUGCCCUUGGUCGUGCCUUGUUCUUGGAUUCCAAAUUCCAAUCCCAGAAUUUUAAUGGCAAGAGUUUCAACUUUCAACAACCCUUCCUGUCCUAUCUUUUAAAUCAAAAGAAAAUAAGAAAAGAUACUCAUUGUUUUGUUCACUCAUGUCAUGUUGGAGCUUCUUAAUUAGAAGAAGCGUGGUGUUGUGUUUUCCACAACGACAAAUAAAUUCAUCAUCUAAUCUUUGCUUAACACCAAUAUUUUGAUCGAAUGAGGGAUUUUUAGAUGUUGUUGUGUGGACAAAGGAGAAAAGGGAAUCUGCUUUACUUGUAGUUUGAUGAGUUGUUAGCUAAAUCUCACUCUCUAUGUCCCCUUUAUCCUCUGAAGACUGAAAGGUUCACUUUUCUUGUCUGAGGGGAAGCAUUUUCUCCCCCUUUUACUGAGCAUUCUUGAUCUUAGGGUUUUAGAAGAGGAACAGGUAAAAAAAAAAAAAACCAAGCUGGUGAGACUGACUAGAAGAUUAUAUUCCAUUUACCUUUUCUUUUGUUUUUCUCAUUUUAUCUAAGGCUACAAUGAGGGUUUUCUUUUACUUUAACUUCCUCUCAGUCCUAUAAAGCUGCCAAGUUAUUUGUUCCUUGUUUAGUCCUGCAAGAUAUCUCUAGAGCCAGCUUAGUCAAAAUUCACUUUACCCUUUAAUCAUAUGCAGUUUGUUUAUUUCUAGAUGCAGCCCUGUGUGAUCAAACUGUUUGAGUCUGAUUGAUUUGGUGUGUUUGUAUUGUGUUGUGUUGUGAGUAUAUAUAAAUAGGUUACUUUCUCAGUUGUUGCUGUUUAGGGACACUAUCGAGUUUAUAGUUCAGAUGGGGGGUCAAGAAAAUGCAAUGGGGGGGUUUCAACAUGGAAAUGAGAGCAUUCUGACUUGUCCACCAACUUCUGGUCUCAGUGGUCCAAAUGUUAAUGUUUCAGAAAUGGCUAUUAGUUCUGUGUCUAUGGCCAAGCCUUCAAAUGUUGUAGCUAACCCUUUUCUCGCUUCUUCCACUUGGGAUCCACUUGUUUCCUUGAGCCAGGCUCAAACUUUUGGAGGCUCUUCAAUGGUUUCUCAUAAUGAGUUUGUCAAUGCCAACUCAUCUUACCCUCUUGUUUUGGAUAACCAGGGGGGGAUAAGCAACACUUCCCACCUUGUUCAAUACAUGUCUGACUCAAAUCUUGGGGGUAUAGUCCCCAAGGUUCAUUCCUAUGCAAGUGGGGGAUUCUCAGAAAUGGUUGGUUCUGGCUCUUUUUGCCAACAUGGGUCUGGUGAUAUGGCUGACACAGGGUAUCCAACGCAUUAUAAUCCAAUCAAGGAGGCUCCAAUUAUUAAUGGUGAACAAUCUCAGGUUGAGGACUCAAUUCCUGAAGAGGAAGCACCAGGAUCUGCACCUAGUGGGAAUAGAAGAAAGAGAGGGCUUGAUCAUAAUUCCACCUUCAGUCCAAAUAAGAAUGCUGAGGGUGAUGCUGUGAAAGAUUCUCCUGGGAAGGCCUCUGAUGGUUCAAAAGAACACGAAAAGAGACCAAAAGUGGAGCAGAAUAAUGGCGCAGAUGUGCGUGGCAAGCAAUCAGUGAAGCAAGCUAAAGACAACAAUAAUUCUCAAAGUGGAGAAGCUCCCAAAGAAAAUUUCAUUCACGUGAGAGCUAGAAGAGGUCAAGCCACUAACAGCCACAGCCUUGCAGAAAGAGUGAGAAGAGAAAAGAUUAGUGAGCGAAUGAGGUUGCUUCAAGAACUUGUUCCAGGAUGCAACAAGAUAACUGGCAAAGCUGUAAUGCUUGAUGAGAUAAUAAACUACGUGCAAUCACUUCAGCAACAGGUUGAGUUUCUGUCCAUGAAACUUGCCACAGUGAACCCAGAACUGAACUUUGAUGUAGACAGGAUCCUAUCCAAGGAUAUUCUCCAAUCACGCAUAGGACAUGGAAUUGGUGCAUAUGGUCCUGGUAUCAAUUCCUCUCACACCUUCCCCAAUGGAAGUUUCCAUGGAACAUUGGCUGGCAUGUCUAGUACAUCCUCACAAUUCCCUCCUUUGCCACAGAAUGUUUUGGACCAUGAGUUCCAAAGCUUCUAUGGAAUUGGAUACGAUUCUAAUACAGCACUUGACAACUUGGGACCCAAUGGGCGGUUGAAAACAGAGUUAUAGUGUGUGCAUUAUUACAUAGCCAUGUUACUACAGCAACAAAGACUUUGGAAUUUUCUUGUUGACUGCACAAUUUAACCGAAGAUGAAAAUGGGAGGACAAUAGAGAGGGAAAGAAAAAGAAAAAAAAUAAAGGUUUUAGUUGUAUAGGGUCUUUAAUACCUAACUGUUGGCACUUCGAAUUUUUAGCAGAAGAUGACUUGUUAGAUUUAUCAAUUGGAAAAUGAGUUACACAUAUUAUGUGUAGAAUCUAGAUCAUGUAGAACAAGUUGCAGUGGUCUUGUUUAAUGACACGGAGAGCAGUAUUUUGAGGAGCAUGCGAGUAAAGUGUGUGCAACUAUCAUUACUUUUAUUGAAUUAUUAUGUAUAGAGUUGCCGGGUUCGGAUUUUUGAAGCACAAUGUUUUCAAAUUUCAAGUGUUGCAGAUUGGAUAAUGUGUGUACUUGACUACUACUUAUGCUAGGGUUUAUGGUUUUUCUUUGUAUUUUUCUUUUCAAAAGAAAAUGUAACCAAUGAGGAGAUUCUUAGUGCAUACAACUUCAAGGAUGAAUAUGUUGCAACUUGUAUGAGGGUGAAAGAUUGUUUAAGUAGACCAGUGCUUCAAACAUUGGCCUUCUUUUGUUUUUCAUUUUCCCAUUUGUUGGUGUUUCUUAUUUGAAAAGUGUAAUUUAAACACCUCUCUUCUGAGAAAACUAGGCAUGUUGAAUACGUAAA